UCCCAUUCUACGUUCCUAGACGAGUCGCCUCCUAUUUCUCAUCAUCAUCAUCCUCCUCCUCCUCUCACCGCGCGUCUCAUGUGUAAUCCGCAGCAGGGACCUUCAUAGGGACCCUUGCGUCCGUCCGAUAUCCCAUCAUCCCCGAUCCCUCCUCUCUCGAUCCUCCGCCUCCGCCUAGAUAUCCUGGGUACCAUUCGGGCCAUCCAUUUGCUCUUCGUCGCCUAAAAUGGCGUCAAAUACCACACGUACCAUCGAAACUGUCGCAACCGAUCACUCUCACUUCUCAACAACCGUGCCUUCCAGUACCACCCAGUCCAAGAGAAGGCGCUUGUCCUGGCGUACCCAGCUUCCCCGUCCUUCCGACGACAUGGCAACUACUACUACUUCUACUUCUACCGCUACCGCUACUUCUUCUACCCCUUCUAACUCCACAAUACCUACCUCCGAUCCCCACACCGCUCUGUUGCAUGGCCAUGACCACGAAGGCCUCAUAGAGCGCGCAAGACAUCAGAACGACUUUGAAAAUGACCACACAACUGAUCAGAAAGACGACGCCUUUCUGAAAGCAACCGCCUCCAAGAAUCUCGAGAAAAUGAUCACCCCCUACCUUACUCACCAUAUCCCCCAGCAGUACCAUCCCCUCGGAGGUGACUCGCAUACCCAUCACACCCAAUCGCCCUCCAGUCCAUCCAGCGGUGGAAACACAAAGUACUGCUACCGCCACAGGCCUGACCUGCUGUGCAGAAGGCAGGCCGACGAGCCGUCCAUGGAGCAGUUGCAACAGGAGCUCGGGAGAGAAUCCCAAGAAGACCAGCAGAGCAUCGCCAAUGUCUGGUCCAUCUUCUCCGCUGCUCCCUCGAAACACCGCAACCUCAUGCUCCAGGGCAUUCUCGCACAGUGUUGCUUCCCUCAACUGUCCUUCAUCUCCUCGUCCGUUCGCAACCUCAUCAAGAUCGACUUCCUUGCCGCCUUGCCCACCGAACUCGCUUUCCAAAUCCUCUGCCAUCUCGACACCACAUCGUUAUGCAAGGCCGCGCAAGUGAGUCGGAAAUGGAGGCAGCUUGCCGACGACGACGUUGUAUGGCACAAGAUGUGCGAGCAACACAUCGACCGCAAGUGUACAAAGUGCGGCUGGGGUCUGCCACUGCUCGAUCAGCGAAGGCUAAGGACCGAGAAGAGACGGAUACAAUUGCGCGCAUCAGGACGAGGAUUGAACGAAUGGUCGCCUGACCUCACACCCCUGCCAGAGUCCUCCGAUCACCCACCUUCCCUCCCCCGCGAGGGAUCAGAUCUUUCCGAUGAGACCUGUGGCUCUAAGCGCCCUGCCUCGGACAUCUCGAGUUCCCCCGAAAUAUCUUCCAAGCGCCUGCGCACCGACAGUGGUAACGAGAAUGAAUUGACUUACUUCGACCAACCCAAGACACGGCCGUGGAAGGACGUAUAUAAGGAUCGGUUCAAGGUCGGUACUAACUGGAAGUAUGGACGCUACUCAACCACGGUCCUGAAAGGUCACACUAACGGUGUGAUGUGUCUGCAAUUCGACGAUCGAAUCUUGAUGACCGGAUCUUACGAUGCUACGGUUAGGAUUUGGGACCUGGAGACUGGAUUGGAACUUCGAACGCUCACCGGACACACACAGGGCAUUCGAUGUCUUCAAUUCGACGACUCUCGUCUCAUCACGGGCAGCUUGGACAACACCAUCAAGGUCUGGAAUUGGAGGACCGGCGAGUGCAUCAAAACCCUUCGUGCCCACUCUCGCGGCGUGAUCGGCAUCCACAUGGCAGACAAGCUUCUUGCGUCUGGAUCCUCCGACUGCAGCAUCGUCGUUCAUGACUUCAGCACCUAUCAAAAGUUCUCCCUCCGCGGACACUCGGACUGGGUCAACUCUGUCAAGAUCGACCUUCCAUCUCGCACGCUGUUCUCCGGCUCCGAUGACUGCACGGUCAAGCUUUGGGAUCUCGACACACAUACAUGCAUAAGGACCUUUGAGGGGCACGUUGGUCAGAUCCAACAGGUACUACCUCUUCCUGCCGACUUCGAGCUUGACGAGGCCGACUUUGGCCCACACACUCACAAUGAUGCGUCGGAUGCAACGUCGUCUGCGUCUGAGGCGGGAGACGCCGAGCACGACAUCGUCCCGGAUGCUCCCACCGAGCAGGUCUUCCCCAAUGAUCCCAGUCGGCCCGCCCCACCAUCCUACAUGCUUACGGGUUCACUAGACGGCACCAUCCGUUUGUGGCACGUUCCAUCAGGCAGGUGCAUUCACCGCUUCUUUGGCCACGUCGAAGGAGUAUGGACGGUUGCUGCCGAUACGCUACGUCUCGUCUCUGGUGCGGAGGACAAGACGAUCAAGAUUUGGGACACACGCACCGGCAAGUGCGAGCGCACGCUGACUGGCCACACUGGCCCAGUCAACUGUGUUGGCUUGAGCGACUCGAGGCUGAUCAGCGGAAGUAUGGAUGGCACUGUACGAGUCCACUGUUUCGUUUCCAACCGAGAGAAGGACGAGUGUUCGUCCAAGUAGAUUAGCGGAUUGUCUCAUCGGCGUGACCUAUCACGUCACAUGUUCAACAAUGUCAACCCUUCUUGGGAUUAUUUCUGUCGUACAGGAUAGCUGGCAUGGUAUACCAUCUAUGUUGUCGUCCUAUUACUGCUACAUUAGCGAGGCGUA